AUGCCUCCCACCCUCCGGAGAGCCAAAUCUGCCACCGUCGUCAGUGUCUACGCCUCAAUAAGGACCAACUCCGACGAGGCGAAGACUAAGUUCUACAAAGACCUGCACACCCUUCUGGCGUCUGUGCCGAAGGCGGACAAGCAGGUUGUUCUUGAUGACUUCAACGCCCACAUCGUGACAGACUGCGCUGUCUGGGAGGAGUGCUGA